AAGCCGAAGGCAGCUGGAGAAGGUGAGCGAGGCUCUCCCUGCACCAUGAAAGCCCCACAACGGGCAGGGGGGCGCACCGACCAGAUGCUGGGGGCUAUGGGGGACAUCCUGACUUCCCUGGCCCUACCCAGCCAACAGUGGCUGCCAGACCUGUGUUCCCAGGAGCAGGGAACUGAGAUGCAACCGGAGGGCAGCAGCAACGCGGAGGCGUCUGAGGUCACCAGGGAACAGCAUCAAGUGGUGGAACCCACCCAGCACGAAGCCAUGGCAUCUGGAGCCCCAGAGUCCCAGACAACAACAGAAGAUCCUUACUCCAUUGCAGGCAGUGAUGGCAGCAUCUCAGCCUCAGUGACCUCAGUCCAGCCGCAGGCAUCCAGCAGCUCGGCUCCCAGUUCUCCUGCCUCCCGCCACUCAGUCAGCACCCUCAAGAAAUGGCUGACCAACCCCGUCCGCAAGUUAAGUGCUGGUGGGCUACCUCGAGGCGAACGCCCACUCAGGAAGCCAGAGGGCCGGACACGGCGGCAUGGGCGCCAAGAGGAUCGCAAGAGCAUCGACUUGGGCCUUCUGGGCCAAGGGGAGGGGCCCCUUGUCAGCCCACGGGUCUCACUUGGCACGGAUGGCAACACUCAUCUCCCAGACCUCUCCCUGCUCUCCAGCCUACUCGAAGGGGAUGGCUCAGGAAAAUGCACCCAGGGUCCUGACCCUUCUCUGCUCUCCAAUGAACCCCAAAGCCCUGAGCCCACCUCAGAAACUCUCAUGCAACUCCCAGCCUCUGAGGAACAGGAAGAGGAGGAGAGGCGCAGUGCCUUAGAAAAGAGUAUGUUUGUUCUCAGGGAGUUGAUUGAGACUGAGAAAAUGUACGUGGAGGACCUGGGCCAGAUUGUGGAGGGCUAUAUGGCAACCAUGAAGGCCCGUGGCAUCCCUGAGGGUAUGAAGGGCAAGGACAAGAUAAUCUUUGGGAACAUCCACCAGAUCUACGACUGGCACAAAGACUAUUUACUUAAGCAGCUAGAGAAAUGUCUGGAGGAUCCUGAUCUACUGGCUGAGUUGUUCAUAAAGCACGAGCGCCGUUUGCACAUGUAUGUUGUUUACUGUCAGAACAAACCCAAAUCUGAGCAUAUUGUGUCUGAGUUUAUUGACACUUACUUUGAGGAACUGAAGCAGGAACUGGGGCACCGUUUGCAGCUCAAUGACUUGCUGAUCAAACCUGUACAGCGGAUCAUGAAAUACCAGCUGUUACUCAAGGAUUUCCUGAAGUAUUAUGGCAAAGCUGGCAAAAACACGGAGCAGCUGGAGAGAGCUGUGGAGGUGAUGUGCUUUGUUCCUAAGCGCUGCAAUGACAUGAUGAACGUGGGGCGUCUUCAGGGAUUUGAGGGGAAGCUGACAGCACAGGGGAAGCUGCAGCAGCAAAACACCUUCUGGGUGACAGAGCAGGCAGGCGGAAUCAUGUCCCGGGGUCGUGAGCGGCGCAUCUUUCUCUUUGAGCAGAUUGUCAUUCUGAGUGAGACUCUGGAGCGGCGGCGGGGUCCAUAUGCUGCCCCAACGUAUGCCUUCAAAAGCAGUAUCAAGGUAAGCUGUUUGGGCCUGGAGCCCAGUGUGGACAAUGAUCCCUGCAAAUUUGCACUGAUCUCUCGUGGCGCAGAACGAGGCACUGUUCGUUAUGUACUGCAGGCAGCAACUCCAGAGAUUGCCCAGGCUUGGGUGGCUGACAUCAGCCUCAUCUUGGAUACGCAACGUGACUUCCUCAAUGCACUGCAGUCUCCCAUCGAGUACCAGCGUCGAGAAAGCAAGACCCACAGCCUGGGACGAAUGGGAGCCCUGCACCACUCCCUGCCUGGUGGACCUACCCGGCCCUGCUCCACAGCCUCUAUGGACCAGAAUAAGGGACCCACUCUCCAGACCCACAAUGCCUCCCUGCCUUCCCUUUACCUUCCUGGCCCAGGCCAGCCAGAGCAUCUACUCUCUGCUGAGGUACAGCCAUCUCGCAGCCAAAGUUCUCCUGGGUCCAGACCAGGUCACAUACCUUCUGGUGAGGUGCAGCUUUCUAGUGCUGUCCAGCAGGAAUCCAUGCAGGAGGCCCCAAGCGAUGAUGACGCCAGGCCGCUACUCCCAGAUCCUGAUAUCCCUGAAAUCAGUUUCCCUGAAGGCUGUGCCCGACUCGCCAAACUUGAUGAGGAUGAGCUGUGACCCAGGAACUGGGAUGGUCUCCAACUGGCUUAGGAACAUAGAUCAGCUGUAUCCUCCCUUCUCUUCUUGUGGUGGCUCUGGGGAUGAGAUGCAGCAGCAGCAGCAUUAGGGUGGAAACUGUUCUAGCCAUCCUCCAGUCCUGCUCCUAAUGCUCAGAUGCAUCCUGUCAAGGGUACAGGACCCACACAUUGGACUGGGACCAGGGAGUGCUGCUGGAGGCUCUUCCCUUUCCCCCCCCAGACCCCAGUAUAUGCAUGCUGUGGGGAUCCAGGGGCUUCAAGUAAGGACUUUGGGACAAGGGGGUUGGGGUUGUGUGAAAUGAGAAUUUUAUUUUGUUUGUUGUAAUAAUAAAGAUUUUAGUUAAAACAAACACAGAGACAAAUUGUUCCAGGGCCCUGCGUCAUCCAACGGUUGCCAAAUUGCACAGGCAGCCGUAAAGUACGUAUUUACAUGGGUCAGUCUUUGUAGUGUCUCUUGCACAAGUAACUGGUGCACUAUGUGUGAAAUCCCCUUCUUUGUCUCAACUUCUAUAUUGUUUACUAUAAAACUAAAGACCUCAUAA